CCGUGAGGAGGCCUGAGGCCUUUGACAGCAAGGGUGGCAGUUCCCGGAGCACGUGAGAGCACUAGUUGUGAUGGAGCAGGGACAAGCGGACCUGGAGCGCUGCGGGCUGCAUGCUUGUGAGCAGAUGAAAAGUGUAAUGAACGUUGACCCUUACUACAUUUCUGCAAGAGACUGAAAAUUCUUCAUCUUCAUACUGGGCAGGAUCUGUAUGUCUAUCAUCAUUCUGCACCAUGGCCUGUACUGAUUGCUCUAGAGUAUCAACUCUUCAGCAGUCAUGGCUGAGUAAUACAGAACUUGCUUUUCCUGGGAUAAUCCAUAGAGAUGGAUGUUGGGCAAUGAAAAUGCAAAAGGAAGCCAGGAUCAUGUCGUUGUGUUGGACCAGGAGAAGGUCAAUUCCUGAAUCCAUAUUUCAUCCGCAGAAACAAGUUGUAGUAGACUGAGAGGGUGACAAGAGGUGGAAAUAUGGGAGCUGCUUAAGCCAGUGCUUCUACUGAAGUGAAUGCUUGUGCAACUGGAGGCUAAGCCUAGUCCGAGAGAAGCUCUCUUCUGCCCUGCUUUGAGUCAUGAGGACCUCAAAAUGAGUCUUGGCUGCAGGAAUGAGCAAGACAUAUGUGUGUGGUUGAGCGUUUGUGUCCAAGGAAACAGUUUGUGUCUUCAGUGUUUGGUCACUGCUACCUAGUUCUGCUCUUCAUUGGGUGUAAAAGCUCUGCCAUGGUCAACCAUUCAGAUUUCAUAAUGCCUUGGAGAGCAACUGCAUCUUCCUCCUGGGACUAAACUCAACCCGUAACAAGGCUUCCUUUCUCCUGACAUCUCUGCUGACCUUCGUUUCACUCUUAACUGCUGUGUCAACUUGACAACCCUGACCUUGCAGCAUCAUUGCAGAAAUCGCCAAGAGGGACUGUGUUGGUAAUGAACUGGCAGCACCAAAGCCUGCGGCAUGAAAGGGAUCCACACAGUCCUGCCAGCCCUCCUUGUCUGGGGCAGAAUGAACAGGCUUGCAGGGCUUGCAGGCAUCUGAGCUGUGUCCUGGCCCUCACUGUUUCCUCUGAAGGAAGAUGAGCAUAGCAGAGGGGGAACUUCACCGGUCCAGAGGACUGUGCACAUGGAGAAUGCAAGUCUCACUGUUUUCGUGGAAAGGCAAUGAUGCUGGUCAGUCUCUGCAGCUGGUGCUGUGAGGACCCAGCCCCAUACAAGAGUUCAGACACAUCAGAGCUGCGCACCAAAGGAAUCCUGUAGAUCAGGAGGCCACCUUAAAUGAGCCUGCCCGAGUCCACCUUAAUCAUACCCUCCCUUCCUGCAGUUUUCCUUCGGGAUAAUUAAGCAUGCAGUAAGUUAAGAAGUGGAAAAACCCGAGGAAGCAUCCCUUUCACAGUUGUUAAGGGUCUCAGAAGAUCACCUGCUAUUACACUGCCACGUGGAGACCUGUGGUCUGCAGACCAACUAGCUGGAUGAACCUCACCAUCUCGGCUGGCCAAAUUUAUGUUUGAGAUAAUUUCAGCAAGGCUCAUAAAGUUAAAAGAGUGCCAAAUUAGAGUGAGUGCCUGUGAUCCACUCCAGCAGUGACUUUUGCCAAGACUGGCCAGCUGUGAGAAUGAAAAUUGUUCUGUACGGAGCAGUCCUGCGAGCCACCAGCAUGUCCUCUGGAUGACUGAGCAGCUUAACUUUGAGGCAGGGGACAGAUUUGAAGCCACUGAGGACUGGGUGAGCCCGAUUCCCUUUACCAAGGAAAGCUGCUAGCUGGGCAUGGUGAGUGAACCCAGAAGAACAUAGCAAGGUUAAAAACUCAAGCAGCCAUUGUCAUGCUGGUUUAGCGCUGAAUAUUGCCCCCAACACUCCUGACAGCAGUGGACAAACAGUGGUGUAGGGAGUGUGGAAGCUGAUCUGGUGUUGCACAGGGACCCGAAAGGACCUGGGUAAAACGCAGGGCUUGAUUCCCGGCUAAGAUGCCCUACACUUGGAGGUGGGUAGGAAGGAGGCUGAAUGGAAAUGACCCACUACACGCUCCCUACAUUUGUCUUCAUCUUUUGUCCUACUUCGAGGCACGCACUGCUGGGAUGUGGUAGGGACUGUAUGGCACAGUGCAUUCUGUAUACGCUCCUGCCCCUUCUUUUAUGCCGGCCUGAAGUCAGUGCACAGGUCUUGCACCACCUCUACCCUGGAAAGGUCCCUGACUCAGAGGCACGGCUCCAUCUUUUUAAAGGCCACCUCUUGUACAGCACAGAGGAUUCCUGUCCGGUACCCAACGUGCUCUGUCACACCCCAGGCCAGCGAGGACUAAGAGUGCCCUCUGCUGCACUCCUUCUCCUCAUCUUUCCAUGGCAGCAUUCCGCUUGCUGUUUGGGAAUAAACAAAACAACUCUUUAAUACACAAGACAACUAUUCAUAUUCUAAAGGUCUUUGUGCAGGCUUUGCAGAAGCCUGGUUCUGUAUUUCAGCAGUGAACGGAAAGGAUCAUGCCCUGAGAUAAAAAGGUAUGAUACCCUGCAUCAGUCCUGAGGUGCAAAUAAAGCACUGUGAGGAACUGCUGUCCUUUAUCCAUAACCUUCACCCUGUAACUUUUCAUUGCCUGAUAAAACCAGCGGCUCCUCAUUGCAGGAGUUCAGACGGCAGUCUUUGUAGUCAUAAAAUUUUCAUUUCUCGGAGCUGGCAGCAGCAAGCGCUGGUGAUGCACGGUCAGUGAUGGUACCUAAUUGCGCCUAACAGCACUGAACUUUCCAUCUCUCCCUCCCCUUCAAAGGAAAAACAUUGAGCACCACAAAGCUCUGCUUAUUCAAGUCCUUGGCUCUCGCAGCCAAAAAGGAAUGGAUGUAGGUAGGGAAAGGGGGGUUGUGUCAAGAAAGCUGUCCCAGGCUUCAUACUUCUGGAGUUUAAAAGGGGAAAAAUUAAAAAAUACUAAUCCCGCUUUUACCGGGAUUUGAUUUACCCACGUGGAAAGGAACCAAGCUGCAGGCUGCACUGGCAGCCCCGUAACCACCGGGGCCACAGGAAUCUGCUCAUGUUCCCUGGAAUGUGGACAUUUUUCCUUGCACCCACUUCGGCAGCGCUUUCCAGGGUGUCACUCAAGCGCGGGGCACGCCCCCUCCAGGAGGCUAUUUAAAGAGGAGCUGGUAUGCAACUUUCUCCAAAGAGAGAGGAGAAACUCCGAAGGAGGAGUGAGUCAGUCAGCAGCCUGAAUCCCCUCCCUUCCCUUUACUCGGGAUGGCUGGCAACUUGGGGGCAGUGACCUGGACCCUGUUCCUCCUCCUUGCACCUGGCUGGGUAGAGCUGCAGGCCUGCACGUACCCAUGCCAGUGUCCCUCCCAGCCUCUGCAGUGCCCCGCUGGCACCAGCCACGUGUUGGAUGCCUGUGGCUGCUGCAAGGUGUGUGCCAGGCAGCUUGGCGAGCUCUGCUCCCUGCAGAAACCCUGUGAUCAUCACAAGGGACUCUACUGCGACUUCUCCAAAAUCCACAGAGGCAGCGGGAUCUGCUUAGCUCACGAGGGUGCAACUUGUGACCUGCUGGGCAAGAUCUACCACAACGGGGAGAGCUUCCAGCCCACCUGCAAGCUGCAGUGCAUCUGCAUGGACGGGGCCAUCGGCUGCAUCCCGCUCUGCUCCGACGACCUGCGGCUGCCGUCCCCCGAGUGCCCCAACCCCCGGCGGGUGAAGUUUCGCAAUAAGUGCUGCGAAGAGUGGAUCUGCGAGGAGGGCAGUGAGGAAAACCGCUUCGAAACAGCCAUGGCGGUUUUCAGGGAGGAUCCGGCACGCAAGCCGGAGCUGAACAACCUGCAGGAGAACUGCUUGGUGCAGACCACCGAGUGGAGUGCCUGCUCCAAGAGCUGCGGCAUGGGCAUCUCUGCCCGAGUAACCAACGACAACCCCCAGUGCCACCUGGAGAAGGAGACCCGGCUCUGCAUGGUCCGACCCUGCGACUUCCCCAUGGAGAAAACCAAGAAGGGGAAGAAGUGUGUGCGGACCCCAAAGCCACGCCAGAGCCUCCAUUUUGAGUUUUCGGGCUGCACCAGCACCCGUUCCUACCGGCCCAAGUUCUGCGGCAGCUGCACGGACGGCCGCUGCUGCACCCCGUACGUCACCAGCACCGUGGAGGUGGAAUUCCGCUGCCCCGAGGGGGACUUCUUCCAGCGGAAAAUGAUGUUCAUCAAGAUGUGCUCCUGCCACUACGACUGUCCCCGAGACAACGACAUCUUCCUGGCCACAUAUCACAGGAGGAUGAUUGGAGACCACGUCAAGACAGAGAGGCAGUAGCCCUCUCUGUGCCAGAUCCAUGGGCCGAGGUGUCUAGGGCCCCUCUGUGAGGGGCUGUGCUCUUCAGAACAGCACCGUUCAGCACCAGUGGUCCCCGUGGCCUUCCUAACGAGCCGAGGCACGUGGGGGAACAGCCCCAUCGGCUCCAGGCUCCUGACCUUCCCCCGUGGUGGUGCGGAGGUCAGUGAAGGAACCAGAAACAGGCUGGAGCUGCAAACUUGACCCACGUUCCCACUGAGCAGGUGGGAGAGUGGAUCAAGCCGCGGGGCUCCAGCCUGGCUCCAGCUGAGCGGACAGCGGGUGCCGUUCCCCAUGGCCGCCCGCCUGCCCCAACCAGGCGGCGAGCCCAGAGCAUCAGGCAGGAGCAGCGCAGGAGGCCUGAGCUAGGGCUGAGCUCUGCAGCCUGCUCUCCGGCACCGUGGGCUCCGCUGCACGUCGGUGCAAAGCUGCUCAGCGAGGAAAGUGGUCCUGGCCCCAUGCUGGGCUCCUGCUGAGCUUUGUGAUUAUUUUUGGCUAAUUGGAUCCAGCAAGUUGGCAAAAGCUCUUCCCCAUCCUUGUGCCCGCCUUGCACCCUCCCGUCAGCAGCUUUGUUCCGGAUCAGUUCGCUCCUAGAGAGGCCGGAUCGUCGGCUGGGUGACCCGUCGGCUGGGCAGCUCAAGGCUGGGCUCUUUUUUCCCUGUUAAAUUCCUUUUAACCUCGUCUGCCAGGGAGGGUGACAGCGAAGACAAGGGAACAGCGAGCUGUGUAGCGUCACUGCUGGAGACAGAGCAUGGCUCGGCGCCUCCUGCAGGGACCUGAGCCCGGGAAGGGGUUUCUUGGUAGAAGAAAGGAUGGAGCCAGGCGCUGCUGGCGGGGCCGUGCUCCUGGGGCCUGUCUCGGACCCGAGGAGCUCUUCCAGCCCGGAAUGGGGCUGAGCCAGGCUGCCAGGCUGAAAUGUGUCCCUGGCAUGUGCUCCUGCGGCAGCUUUUAGUGAUGAGCAUCUCCUGUCAUCCCUCCUGGUAAUCUCCUCAGAAAUGGCUCCGGGGUGGGAGAGGGGCUGGGCUCCGCGGCUCGCACACCCACAGUGGGGCUGGGGCUGCGCUGCAGCUCCAGAGUCUCUGCUGGUGGGUCCUAAGCUGGAGGAACGCGGGUCAGUCGGGUCUGCCCGGGGAGCGUAAGGCACCAGCGAGGAAAGUGCCCGUGUUUGUCAACAGAGCUGAUCCCUUCUGGAGUUACCCAGGCAGCAGCACGGAAAGCUGGUGCGGGGUCUCCGGCGGUGGGAUUCCCUUCUUGCCACAGACCUGCGCAGUCUCUGUGCCGUUAACGCCGUGCUGAUUGCCAGCCUGUGGCUGCGGGAAUGGCCACCAGCACCGGGACACUCCCGUGACCCCCGGCACGGCACCUCAGCAGCUCUGUGCUGUCUCUGAAGCCUCAUCAGUUGCAAUCGGCCUCUCCUGGUUUUUAGCAGAAACAUCCGAGUAAAGGGCCUGAUCCUGUUCCUUACAUCUUCCCUGCCUUUCACCGCUGGGAAUGAUGAUUCCUGUCCCAGCUGGGCAGGAGCAGGGGCCGUGCUGCCGCACCGAGGCUCUGUCCCACCCCGUCUCCCACCCCAAAGCGGGACCCGGGGCCGGAGGACGAUCCCUGCAGCCCGCGGCUCCGCUCCGACGCUGGCUCAGUGCCUGUGUCUCGGCUCAGUCUCUUUUCUCGCUCUCUCAGCCUGCAGAAGCUUGUCAGCCUUCAGCCUCCUGUAAUCGGUUUGAACUGUAAAUAAUUUAUCCGAUAUUGGUUUUGGUUUUUUGGUUUUUUGUUUUUUUUUUUUAAAGGUCUUUGUACAGUUCUCGUACCUUUUUAGCACAACCCUGCUCGGGGCCUUCUCUCCCCUUGCCCUCCAGGUCUGCUCUGAACUUUUCUCCUGCCAUUUACAAGGUUUCUGAGUGUAAAACUACGCUAAGGUCGCACUUUACUCAACGCUAAUAAAUGUCUAUUUUUUACA